AUGCCCUCGUCCUCGCGGAACCCGUCCACCUGGGACGAGUACGAUGGCGGCAUCUCACCGCACCGCACUGGCAGUAUGUCCUCAAUGGGUGGGAGGAGUGGCCGAAGCGUCCAAUUCCAAGAUCAAGAAAAUGAAUCGCUGUUGGGCGAUGAUCAGGAGCGACGCGGUAGUGAUCAGGACACCGAAUGGGCUGGCGGACUACGGCGGAGAAGGAGCUCUGUCGGCAUGCGGCUCGCUUCCAUCGCCGAUAUUGGUGGUGUCAACAGCAUGAGGUCCUUUACCCGCAGUUGGGCGCGUGCUGCAGGGUUUGCUGAGGUCAUACCGCAGCGCCCUUCCUUUGUUUUUGCGCAAGAUCAAGCGCCAAUGCAGCCGGGCACUGUCGAUGAUAUCGUGUACAGCCGAAGCCGGCCGGAGGGUGGCUUCAUGCGUCCAACGUCAGAGACUUCCGGCCCGUCCCUCCUCCGGCAGCACUUGGAGGCGGGAAGCUCGCUCGGUUCGCAAAGUGCUGAGCCCGUCUUUGAUGAGAGGGAUGAAAGUCCCUCGAGUCCCCUUCAGCCGCAGCAGAGUGGGGAUGGCGUCGACUUUAGGGAACGCGAGCGCAAGGCGCUCGACAGCGAGAUAAACAACGGUUUCCGCAUCGGCAGCUGGGGUGGAGGCUCAGGCUCGGGCAGCGGUUCUGCAGGAAGGUCACAGUCCAUCUUUGCUAUUCCACCCCAUCUUGCUGCACCAUCGCUUGGCGGAGACCCGGGACCAUAUGGCACAUCCUAUGGCUCCAUAGGUUCGCAGCAAAGCCUCAACUACGGUACCGUUCGAUCUUCGGGUCGAGAAGAAUCCCCAGCCCGUGGCAUCUCGGUAGCACCGAGUGCUCGGGGCUCCGUCUGGGCUCCGGCGCCUGAAGAGGGCCCCGACGCAGAGGUGCAGCCCAUCCUAGUCAAGGAGGUUGAGCAAGAUGGCAAGAUGGUGCUCACCGUCGAGGGCCAGAGCACUUUGCCCCAGACAAUCUUCAACUCGAUCAACGUACUCAUCGGUGUUGGGCUGCUGUCCCUGCCCAUGGGUAUUAAGUACGCCGGUUGGUUGUGCGGAAUAGGGUUUCUCACUUUCGCAGCUGGCGUUACCAUGUACACAGCUGGGCUGCUCUCACGCUGCAUGAAUCUCGACCCAAGCCUGAUCACUUUCAGCGACCUCGCCUUCAUCAGCUUUGGCAGCAAGGCUCGUGUGGCAACCAGCAUUCUCUUCACUCUAGAGCUACUGGCAGCUUGUGUCGCCUUGAUAGUAUUGUUUGCUGACUCCCUCGGCCUCCUGUUUCCUGGGCUCCUGACCGUCAAUCAAUGGAAGGUGACCUGUGCAAUCAUUUUGAUGCCGCUUCACUUUAUGCCGCUGAGCUUGUUGUCUUACUCUAGCAUCCUGGGCAUAUUUUCGUGCUUUUCCAUCGUUGUCAUUGUUGUGACCAACGGUCUCAUCAAGCCAGAUUCUCCCGGCUCCCUCAUCGAGCCAGCGGCAACGUACCUGUUCCCAGCGAACUGGCUGACUCUGCCUCUGUCCUUCGGUCUGCUCAUGUCUCCAUGGGGCGGCCACAGUGUUUUCCCCAACAUCUACCGAGACAUGCGUCAUCCUUACAAGUACAAGCAAGCACUCAAAGUGACAUUCUCGUUUACGUACUGUCUUGACGCUGUAACCGCCGUUGCUGGUAUUCUCAUGUUCGGUGACAACGUUGCAGAUGCGAUCACCUCCAACAUCCUUCGAACAGAGGGUUACCCUCGCGCGCUCACAGUCUUGAUGUGCUGUUUCAUUGCCAUCAUCCCGCUGACCAAAGUCCCGCUGAACGCGCGGCCCAUCAUCACGACACUCGAAGUGCUGAUGGGUGUCUACCAUGGUGCUGGCGGCGACCCGCACGCCCCGGUACAGAUAUCUGGGGAACCGGCACCGCCGACAAGUUCGAGGAAAGUCGUCAUUUUAAGGGCUGCCAUCAGGAUCCUGACAAUCUUGUCAUUCCUGGUCAUUGCUAUUUUGUUCCCUGAAUUUGAUAGGAUCAUGGCCUUCAUGGGCAGCGCUCUUUGCUUUAGCAUCUGCGUGACUCUUCCCAUUGCGUUCUACCUAAAGCUCUUUGGUUCCGAGAUAAGCCGAAGGGAAAAGGUCAUGGCGUGGGCCAUCAUGUUGACGUCGUUUGUCAUGUCCCUCGUGGGCACCGUUUGGGCAUUCCUUCCCAAAAGCCUCAUCAGCUCCGCUUGA